AUGGGCGGGCCAAGACGUCGGUUACGUAGUUGUCCCUUGUAUCCUACCGGUGCCUCUCAGCCGUUUAACUGGACUGCAUUGCUAAACCAUGGGCAGUGUGUUGGCUGCCGGCUCCCCAAACCCACCCGCAGCCUCAGGGGGUGGCAGUGCCCCAGGGGGCGCAGGUCUGGUGACGGUACCCCCAGGUUUCACCAUGCCCCCAGUGUCUGCAGUCCCAGCCACCUCAAGCACACAGGGGCAGCCCGGGACAGAUGCAGAGGCCUCUCUCCCCAACCCCGGCACAUUUGAAGAGUGUCAUCGGAAAUGCAAAGAGGUCUUCCCUGUGCAGAUUGAGGGGGUACGAUUAGUUGUCAACAAGGGCUUGAGUAAUCACUUCCAGGUUAGUCACACAAUUACUCUAAGCACCUUGGGGGACUCAGGUUACAGAUUUGGAGCCACGUAUGUGGGCAGCAAGCAAACAGGACCUGCAGAGUCUUUUCCGGUCAUGGUAGGUGACAUGGACAACACAGGCAGUCUAAACGCACAGGUCAUCCAUCAGCUUACCAACCGCAUUCGCUCUAAAUUGGUAAUGCAGACGCAGCAACACAAGUUUGUAAACUGGCAGUGUGAUGCAGAAUACCGUGGCGAUGACUUCACAGCUGCUGUUACCCUUGGCAACCCAGAUGUUCUCGUUGGAUCUGGUAUCCUUGUGGCGCACUACCUCCAGUCCUUGUCUCCUGCUUUGGUAUUGGGUGGUGAACUGGUCUAUCACAGGAGGCCAGGAGAAGAGGGCACCGUCACAUCAUUUGUGGGCAGAUACACAGGUAGUAACUAUGUCGCCACGUUGACUGUUGGAGGAGCUGGUGCACAUGCGUCAUAUUACCACAAAGCUAAUGACCAGCUCCAGAUUGGGGUAGAGUUUGAGGCCAGCACACGGAUGCAGGACACAAGCAUGUCGUUUGGUUAUCAGUUGGAUGUACCUAAAGCAAAUCUGCUUUUUAAAGGUUCUUUAGAUAGCAACUGGGUGGUGGGAGCGACGCUGGAAAAGAAGCUGUUACCCCUUCCUCUAUCACUAGCUUUAGGCGCCUUCCUUAACCACCGCAAGAACAAGUUUCAGUGUGGCUUCGGCAUCACCAUCGGAUAGAACGGCCAUGGCGACUCAAGAAUCUCAACAGAUACAACCCUCCACCACGCUUGGACCGGUGCAAAGAGACAUGGGGACAUGGACCAACACUGAAACGGACUCCCAGUAUUAGUGUGUUGAACCUUCACAUGGACGGACCAGGACAAAGAGCUCGCAGGACUGUCCAGCAGAGCUCUCAUCAAUCUAAAUGUUCAGUUAUCUGAUCAACACAGUCACACAAGGUUUGUUUUUAAAUGCGCAUCAUGUGAAAGAAGUGUGUCUGAUAUGCAUAACAUUACAGGUGUUUUGAAAGGACAUGCGUAUCCGUUUUCACAAUAUGAUUCAUUCUGAUACAGUCAGAAAAUGUGGACAUGCCUUUGCUCUUUUCUUUUUGAGACAAAAUUAUGUUUUCUCUUUUCAUAAGAUGGUUUUCUUAAGAGCAGAAGACUUACGCCGUCUUCAUUUUUUGAUCAGUGAACA